GCUGGGUUAGUUCAGCAGGAAGCGGCUGUGUGGAGCCAUGCAGAUCCAGUCUUCUGGUCCACAGUCCAAAGCCUCCAGUUUCAUCCUCAGUCAGAGAUGUGUGCUGGCCUCCAAAAUGGAAAUCCACCGUGAACAGAGUAUCUGCCAGGCGCGAGCCGCUGUUAUGGUGUAUGACGAUGCCAAUAAGAAGUGGGUCCCAGCUGGUGGUUCCACGGGCUUUAGCAGAGUCCACAUCUAUCACCAUACGGGCAACAACGCCUUCCGCGUAGUGGGACGCAAGAUCCAAGAUCAUCAGGUGGUGAUAAACUGUGCCAUUCCCAAGGGGCUGAAGUACAACCAGGCCACGCAGACCUUCCACCAGUGGCGCGACGCCCGGCAGGUCUAUGGCCUCAACUUCGGCAGCAAGGAGGAUGCCAACGUAUUUGCCAGUGCCAUGAUGCACGCCCUGGAGGUGCUCAACUCCCAGGACACAGGCCCUACAUUGCCCAGACAGGGCCCCCAGGUUCAGAAUGGCCCCACUCCAGAGGAGAUGGACCUGCAGAGAAGGCAGCUUCAGGAGCUGCAGAGGCAGAAGGAGAUGGAACGGGAGCAUCAGGAGCGAGAGCGUCAGGAGCGGGAGCGUCAAGAGAGGGAACGUCAAGACAGGGAGCGUCAAGAGAAGGAGCGUCAGGAGCGGGAGCGCCUGGAGCGAGAGAUGCUGGAGCGCGAGCGGCAGGAGCGCGAACGUCAGGAACGGGAGCGUCAGGAGAGGGAGGCGCAGGCGGAGAGGGAGCGCCAGGAGCAGCAGGAGCGCAGCGAGCGUGAGCUGAUGGAGAGGGAGAAGACAGAGAGGGAGCAGCAGGAGCAGUUGGACAGAGAGCAGCAGGACUGGGAGAGAGGGAGACGCAUCUCCAACGCCGCUUUCGAAAGCACCCUGUACACUCCCACGCCUCAGGAGUACAGCAGGACGUCCUCUACACCCGUAUCCCCAUCCACGCCCACUUACCCAGCACCUGGGACGCCAUCGCCCUCCUCCACAACUCCACCAACCCCACCUCUAAGGCAUUCGGCCUCCAGAUUCGCCACCUCGCUCGGUUCUGCCUUCCACCCAGUCCUGCCUCACUACGCCACGGUUCCGAGGCGACAGCAAGCGUUCCCCCAAGCCCCGCCUCCUGCUCCAGCCCCUGCCCCAGCCCCGCCUCCUCCACCAAAGUCUGUCGUUUGGUCAGCUUGCAACUUCACUCCCUUGCCCCCCUCGCCCCCUGUCAUGAUAAGCAGCCCCCCGGGGAAGGCUGCAGGUCCACGGCCGCUCAUCCCGAUCGCAGCACCUUCUCCUCUCACCCAGAAGCCCCCCUCACCGGCCCCUAACGGCCCGCCCAUGUUCCCCGCACCUUCUCCUGUGACCAUCCCGCACAGCCACACCCCUAUCGGCAUCGCUUGCCCCACCNCCUUCGUCUCGUCUCCCCCCUCCUCAUCCCAGGCUCCUGGUGUGCCCUCUCCCUCCACAGCACCCCCUGCUGCCGCAGCCGCCGCCACCUCUGCCUCUGCUGAGCACCUCUCCCUCCCCGUGGGCCUGGGCCUGUCGGGGCCGGGGGAGCCGGACACAGCUACAGGCCCAGAGACCCACCUUCCUCAGGGGGGCUUCUCCUGUCAGUCCCAGGGGGGGCUACUGAACACGGUUGGAUCUGUUACCGUGCCACAGAGCUGGCCACAGCACAAAAGAUGUACAAUGAGUAGCAACGCUUUCCUUAAAACUGACAGUUUAAACUUAAUUUUUUUAUUCCUGUGUCUCCGCCCAUCCCCCACCCUCUCUCNUCCACCAGGUCCGCCCCCUCCUCCCGGAGCCCCCCUCCCUCCCCCGGCGCCUCCCCUUCCCGCCGGACUGUUCUCUCCUGCCGAGGACCGUCCCACCUCAGGCCUGGCCGCUGCCCUCGCUGGAGCCAAGCUGCGCAAAGUGCCAAGGAGUGAUGAUGCAGGGGCAGCUCUAGCAGCAGCCAUGUUGGGGGCUGGAGGGGCCAAAUCUGAAGCCAGGGGCAACGGCCCUCUGCCCGGAGGAGGAGGGCUGAUGGAGGAGAUGAGCGCCCUGUUGGCCAGGAGGAGAAGAAUCGCAGAGAAGGGCUCGUCACCUGAACCUGACCAGAGAUCAGAGGAGGGCGAGAUAAACACAACCCCUAAAGUGUCAGCCUGUAGCACACCAGACAUGCCCAGGAAGCCAUGGGAAAGAACAAACACCAUGAACGGUAGCAAAUCUCCAGUUAUCGGAAGACGAGAGUCUCCGUGGAGAAAUCCCAUGGGAGCAGAUUCCUCCAACAGACCUAAAUCCACUCCUACACCUACUGCAUCCUUAAGUGCCAACGGUGUGCCAACAGAAUCUGUUGACUAUGACAGGUUGAAACAGGACAUUCUGGAUGAGAUGAGGAAGGAGCUGUCAAAGCUAAAAGAAGAGCUCAUUGAUGCAAUCAGGGAGGAGCUGGGAAAGUCCAGCACGGCAUAGAGGAUCCUCUUCACAACAUCUAUAUCCACACAACCCGACAGACAACCACGGUCAAUUUAAAGACACGACAUUACAACAGCGGAAAAUAAAAUCAACAAAAACGGGGAUGAUGACAAUAAUCAUAUUAAUACUGAGAGAGGACAUUAUUUGGGGCAGCAUCGGACAGAAUAACAAUGGACAGGGUGGUGGUGGGAGGCUUGUAAGUCUGAUAGCUGUGACUCACAGAAUCCAUUCUACGAAGCCUUGUGCGUCCGCUGCCUCCCCGCCCCUCCCCCUCCUCCUGCCGAGGGCAUCCUGGAGGACAGUGCACGGUCUGAAAGAGAAGCAAAUGUCUUUAUGCAAAGAUGAAUUCUCUCUCUUUGUCCUAUAAUAACAAGAAAAAACACAAGAAAACUAUAUUGAACUCUUCAAUGAUACUGUAUUAACCAUUGGCGCAUAAGUGAACAGCAACGUCGAUGCUAAGAAUCUUGUGAUUUACUAUCAAACGGCACGUUUUAUUAAGAGAGUUUGGAGACAGGAAGAAAGUGGGGAUGGAAAAUAAAAACUUUUUUUCCCAUAAUGCCAUAGGGGUAGCGUGCGUGCGUGCAUGCGUGCGUGUGUGUGUGUGUGUGUGUGUGUGUGUGUGUGUGUGUGUGUGUGUGAGAGAGUGUGUAUGGGGGACUGACAGUCUCUGGUGAAGUCCACCACUGCAGGACACUGUAAAGCUUGUCUUCCUCAAAUACUAUUUUAACCUGAAUAUGUACAAAAGAGAGAAAAAGUUAUUUAGAAAAAAAAAAGCAUCUAUCAACCAUGUCUGUUUCAGUGUAGAUCUACGGCCAUAUCAAGUAGCUCAAUAAUCCAAUCUUUAAACAGGAUGCUGUCUUGUCUGUCUCUUCGUGUCGUCUCCCUCCUGAAGUGAGCGCUCUGUUGACACUUUCCAUUUCUUUGUUCAUACUGUUGAGCGGCAGGCGGACGAGACACGGAGGAUGGCUGCCUAUCAGACGGCAGCCAUUGUAGCUCUCUACCAAACUUUCUCCGUCAACGAUAAGUGCUGAUUUGCUAAUACCUGUCAUGCUUUUUGACCAUGGCCAGACGUGUAGAUAGAACUGAAUUUCCCUUCCUGUACGGGUUUGAUUUGAAGACUCUCUCUUCCCCCUUUCUUUGUCACGUCUGUCACAUUAAGGUACUCCGUUUGGUGCAUGUAUGGUUGUUUUCUUUAUACGGUGAGGGUCACAAGUCUGCCACGAAAUUGCAUUACCUGUCGCAAGUUUUAUUACAAGCAAUAAGUGUAGCAUCUAUUUUGAAGCCCACCUGCCCCAGUCCUGACACCAACAAACACUUUUCAAUGUCCGUCUGUCCUUUUUGGCCCUCCUGAGCCCCCAUUAGACAAUGUCACUGUAUGACACACCACGCCACUUCUUGUCAACUCUGUUGCAGAUCUUUUGUUAAACUGAAGGCUGACAUGAAAGAAUAUCAGCGCAGCACUGUAAGACAUGAAUUUCAUGGAACAGCACCAUUUCUAAAUCACAAUACCCUCCCUUUUUUAAUUUCUGAUUUCUAUAAAUUCCAAGGAAACUGUGUCUUUAGUCACAUUGGAGCUGAACUGAUUUUUUAUCCUUUAUUAUUAUUUUUAGUUACUUUACUGCAUUUAUAAAGUAAAACUUUUAAAAGGUGCACGGGACAUCCCAAAUGUGUAAGAGAUGGUGUCCAAAAGAGGACCUGAAUGUGCCAUUUACUAUUUCUAGUGCUUACUGAUGAUGUGUUUGUUUCAUCUUUUUUUUUCUUUGCCUUCUUCUCCUGCCAAUGUCAAAUCCUUAAAAUGAGAAACUGUAUUUUCCCUGAGAUGUUACACAGAUAACAGGACUGUCACUUUAUUCUAAGAACACUCUUGUUUCAACAUUUUUUUUUGUCAGUUUAGUGAUGUUUGUUUAACUUGAAGUACAAUCAACCUGAGAGGGACAUGUUGGGAGCUGCAAGACUGAUUUCCAAAUACUGUAGCUGUUGCUCCAAGAUCACAUGUCAAAGUAACAGAUACAAACCUGUGUUACAAUUCUGUACUCUGAAAUCCUGAGGAGGGACAGUUCCACUAAUACAGCGGUCUAACAGCCACCCACAGUGAGGUUUGCGGGACAAGCUUGAAAACAACCUUUUGACUUUCCAAAGGAAUCCAGGGUGAUAGGAUAUCUAAAAACAGUUGUAAAGUGUUGUGUUUUAGCAUCUAUGAAGUGAAUUUUGUGAUAUCUCAGUAGUUACAUACAUCAGAUUGAGAACUCACAAGGCAAUGCAGUGUGCAUACUAUUGCCACAGUUCAUCCUUAAUGUCACAGCUCUAGCUCCUUUGCAACAGUAACAGUAUUUUUAACUUAAAGGGGCACUCCAGUGAUUUAAUUUUGCUGUUCCAUUAAAUCUUGAGCCUUGCAAUAGGCCUUUUUUGGGGAAAAAAAGAACAGUUAAAAUUUAAUCAGUAACGGGCAGAAAUAUCCUGAUUUUUAGUCUUACAACUCCCAUAAUUCAACCUGAUAGCAUCCUUUCAUUAGACACUCCCUGCCUGAACAAUACAAUCACUAGAUAGAAUUUGGUGUUGUACGUUUCUACAAACCACGGAUUUGUUAUAUUUAUUUGAUUCAUGUUCAAUUUCUACGUUUCGCAUAUAGCAGUUAUUUUUCAAACUUUCUUUACAUUUUCAAUUUUAUGUCUACACUACACUGUGGUUAACAUGUUAGGUUAAAGCAGAAAAAUCACCUGGUAAGGCCGAGGAAAAGAUCAUGUUUUGGCUCAAAAUACCUGGUUUUGUCACCAUAAAUAUGGCUGGAAAUGUUCCGACGUGUCAUUAAAAAAUACCCAGUAUUGUCACCACAAAAACAGCUGAAAAUCUCCCAGCAUAUCGUUAAAAAUACCUGGUUUUGUCGCAACAAAUCACAGCUGGAACUAUGCUGACAUCUAGUUAUAGGAUAUCAGGUUUUGUAGCCACAGACACAGCUAGAAAUGUCUGAUCAUUUAGUUAAAAAAUAUUCAGUUUUGCCACCACAAACACAGCUGGAACUAUCUUGACAUCUUGUUAUAAAAUACCUGGUUUUGUCACACCAGACACAGCUGAAAAUGUCCCAACAUGUCGUUAAAAAUACCUGGUUUUGUUGCAACAAAUACGGCUGGAACUAUCCUAACAUCUAGUUAUGGGAUACCAGGUUUUGUAGCCACAGUCACAGGUAGAAAUGUCCGAUCAUUUAGUUAAAAAAAUAUUCAGUUUUGCCACCACAAACACAGCUGGAACUAUCUUGACAUCUUGUUAUAAAAUACCAAGUUUUGCCACCGCAUACACAGCUGGAAAUGUCCCAAAGUCUCAUUAAGAUUACCAGGAUUUUUUGCCACAAACGUGGCUGGAAAUAUCCAGGCGUUUUGUUAAAAAUACCUGGCUUUGUUGGUCUUUAACAGUGGUGUGCUGCUUUCUGCUGCUUGGCAAUUGUCUCACCUAGGUGUCUCCCCAAGGUGUCACGCCAUCCACUCUCCCCUCCUCCUCCUGAUGACAAAGUCAGCUCAUAUACAUGUAAUCUGAAGUACGUCAAUUUAGAGAAGUUACUGUGAUACAUGUGAAAUGUACAAAUGUAACAUAUCUGUGGUUUGCAGAAACGUACAAUGCCAACAUUUUAUUCUGACAACUGGGCUGCUGAAACUCCACACUCUCAGUUUGUAACACUAAAUCUUUGUUAAAAUUUUGUUUUCUCCCUGUCGAUAACCCUGGUGACAACAUCACCUUUCUAGAAGACACUGUACAACUGUUUUCUCAUGCUGAGUAGAUUCCCUCAUGACUGAACUGAUCCUAGUGUACAACAUUGUGUCCCUUGAAAUUCAGAUCAGGAGAAGCAGCUAAGGAGUUAUGAUGUCUUGCAUGUACCCCAGAAUCCUAGACAAAGGUUGGUUAAUCGUUGGCUGUCUGUGGCUGUUGGAUCUCAUACUACACAACUCUGUGUUCAAGGGCUUGGAUGUUUGAAGAUGAGAAGUCACAGAUUUGAGUAAAAAUGAGUGCUCCCUCCGCUUCUCUCUCAUUUGCUUCAGAUUGGCUCAAAUUUGUUAAAAAUACUGUGACUAGAAAAAUGAAUGGGUUAAUUAGGGUCAGGUCUGUUUCAUGCUCUCUCUGUGGAGUUGUUUCAUCUUCUCAUCCACAUUUUUUUCUAAUGGAAACACCCAGCCAAGAGGCUCCCUGUACUGAGUGUUUACACAGCAUCGAUUGCACUUUAAGACAAAAACCCACAGAGCAAUCCAACAUACUCUGACAACAGAGCCUCGGUCACCAACAGUGUGGCUUUCUCACCAAAGGAUUCAACUCGGCAGUCUCUUGCUAAACGUAAUCACUCUCAACAAAGUCGCCUUUCUUAUUUUUGUAUCAUUUUGUGGAGAGAUCUAACAAAAAGAAAGAUGUCUGUCUCUAUGUUCAGUCAUUUGGACAGGAUGGAGGGUGAAAUGUUUGGAUCAAGUAAAAGUUUAUCUCUUUGUGAAGCUAUGUGGUUUGUGCCUUGUUCCGAAGUUGCAUUUAAUAUGUCAAAGAUAUAAAGAUGACUAGUAAUAAUAUCUAGGGACUGUCAUUAUGAUCACAUGCAGUUGUUAUUUAGUUUGGCUUUUUUUUCCAUCAUGGUCAUGUUGAUUUGAAGGGAGAGUUUUAUGACCUUUUUACUGUUCCCCACCAAGAAAACAUCUUUGCACCAAGAUCUCCUAUGUUUGUUUUUUUACAUACAUGUGUUUAUUUCCACACAGUUGUGAGGUUGCUUUUCUAACAGCUCUGAAGUACAAUCAAGCCUUUGAGACAUGAGGCCUGGAAGAGUUAAAAGAUGAUCUUCGCUCUGAGAUGAUUUUUCUAAACAUAAAGUCCGGAUGAGUCUGACUGCAGUGUUCUGUGAUACCGUUUAAAUGUCACAGAAACUGCGUGUGUUCAGCAGCUUAGCUUUCUUUACACACUUGGAAAUGUGUUUUGUCCUCUGCAGUAAGGUCUGCUCCACGUUGAUGUCAGAUUGCUGAUGGAAACAUUUCUCUUUGUCCGUAAACCCAGUUUUCUGCCGAGGGAACCGAGAGAAUUGUGAAUUUGCAGGGAUGAAUUUGGCUGAAGCAAGUUUUAAUGGAUGGGUUUCCAGAUUUAUUCUUUUAUCAUCUGCAUUGUACCAUACUGUUCUCAUGUUAAUUAGUCUUUUCUUACAUGCUAACAUAUUGUUUUGUUUGAGCAAAUUAAAUAAAAAUUGCAAUACAAGACUAGAAGUUGUUUCUUUUAAAAUGA